AUGCUGGACAUGGGCUUCGAGCCCCAGAUCCGCAAGGCGGUGAACGAGGUGAAGGAGCGCACGGAGCGGCAGACGCUGUUCUUCACGGCGACCUGGAACGCCAACGUCCAGAAGAUUGCUGCGGACUUCCUCAACAAGCCCUUCCAGGUGAAGAUUGGCAGCAGCGAGCAGCUCAAGGCCUCGGAUACCAUCAAGCAGGUGGUGAAGAUCGUGGAUCCGGACAAGAAGGUCCGUGCCCUCACCAAGCUGUUCUUGGAGUACGACGACAUCUCCGAGAAGGGCCGCGGGGAGAACCGCGCCAUGAUCUUCUGCAACACCAAGAAGACCUGCGAGCAGCUGGAAGACGGGCUAAACCGCGCGAGGGUGCGCUGCGACUCCAUCCACGGGGACAAGGAGCAGAAGGAUAGGGAGCGAGCUCUCAACGAUCUCCGGGAUGGCUACACGAAGAUCAUUUGCGCCACUGAUGUUGCAGCGCGCGGUCUCGACGUGAAGGGUGUGACCCUGGUGAUCAACUACGACCCUCCAAAGAAUGCUGAGGACUAUGUUCACCGCAUCGGGCGCACCGGGCGUGCCGGGAUGAAGGGCACCGCGGUGACCUUCCUGACCGACCGGGAUGAGUUCCAAGGGCGCCAGAUCAAGACGGUCAUGCUGCGCAACAACCAGGACAUCCCAAGGGAGCUGCAGGCCUUGGUAGAUGGCACGCUGCCGCGCCGCCGCCGGAGCCGCAGCCGGCGGCGGAGCCGCAGCCGGCGGCGGAGCCGGGAGCGCCGGAGCCGCGAGCGCCGGAGCCGGAGCCGGCGACGGAGCCGGGACCGGCGCAGCAGGGAGCGCCGGAGCCACCGCCGGAGCAAGGAGCGGAAGAGCCGAGACCGCAGAAGCCGGUCCAAGAAACGGGACCGGAAGAGCCAGCGAAGGGAGAGGUCCAGAUCCAAAGAUCAGGACGACAAGGCUGAGCCGGACACGGCUUUGGUCCAGACGGAGCAGCCGGUUCAACCUGAGCCGCAGCCUCAGUCGCUGCCUGCCCAGCCUCAGGAAUUGCAAUCGCCUGCAGCCUAUGCAACGCAGCUGCUAGCACAGCAAAUGCAAUUUUCACAGGCGCAUGUGCCGCAGCCGCACAUGCCGCACAUGCCGCAGCCGCACAUGCCGCAGCCACAUGCGCCACAACCACACAUGCCGCACCAAGCUUUUACGCAGACGGCGGUUCAACCGCAAAGUGCGCAACCUUCGGGGCAGUUUAGCUGGCUUCAGGCGUCUGACCCGCCCGCCUUUCCGAAGCAAGCCCCACCUUACGGCGCCCCACAAGCAGCGGCUUACGGCGCCCCACAAGCCCCAGCUUAUGGCGCCCAACAAGCCCCAGCUUACGGCGCCCCGCAAGCCCCAGCUUACGGCGCCCCGCAAGCGUCGGCUUACGGCGCCCCACAAGCGUCGGCUUACGGUGCCCCGCAAGCGUCGGCUUACGGCGCCCCGCAAGCCCCAGCUGGCUAUGGCCCUGAAUCAUGGGGCGCCCCGCAAGCUGCGCCGCAAGCUGCACCUGCAGUUGUGCCCCCUAGACAGUACAGCUGGCUUCAGUAG